GCCAUUUUACAGGCUCACCGUCAACAAUUUUCAGAUCAAUCCUUUUUUUUUUUGGCUGUGAAAGUGCAGUCACUCAAAGAUUCUCUCCCCGAAUUUCUCUCCUCAAAAUCUCAUUCUUCCCAUUUUCACUCUUCCCCCCUAAACUUUGAACUUCAUACACUUCACUCCCUAAACUUCCUCUUUCACCUUCAUUCUACGUUUAUCGAUGGCAUUUUCGUAAAGAGAAAUUGCAAUGGCGGCGCCUUCCCACAGAUUAACGGCGCCGUUGGGUCUUAACCUCAAAAGGGUCGAUGAAAGAAUUGGAGUUGUAAAGUUGCAGAGGAAGAAGAUUAGUCAUAGUUAUGGUGUAAAAGUCCAGGCUUCUUCUUCUACUAUGCCCUUUGCGUCUCCGCAACUUUUACUCCGUAGAUCGCGAUCUGCUUCAAAGCAAGAACAAUUCUUUCCACGCUGCACCCCAAGAAAUUCAGGCCCUCAGUCUCAUGACUCUCCACCAAAACGAGACACCGGUAUUGCUAACGAGAAAGAUUGGGGCAUCAAUCUGCAGAACGAGAAUGUCAAUGAAUCUGGGACUAAUGAAGAUGGCAGUACUUGGUAUAGGAAGAGUGGAGAAGAUAUUGGUGACAAUGGAUACCGAUGCCGAUGGACAAGGAUGGGUGGGCAGAGCCAUGAUGGUACCUCAGAAUGGAAAGAAACGUGGUGGGAAAAAAGCGACUGGACUGGUUACAAAGAACUAGGUGCAGAAAAAUCUGGAAAAAAUGCUGAAGGAGAUUCGUGGUUGGAAACAUGGCAGGAAGUUCUUCACCAAGAUGAGUGGAGCAAUCUAGCUAGGAUAGAAAGGAGUGCACAAAAACAAGCAAAAUCAGGCACGGAGAAUGCCGGGUGGUAUGAGAAUUGGUCGGAAAAAUAUGACGCAAAGGGUUGGACAGAGAAAGGGGCACACAAAUAUGGUAGACUAAAUGAACAGUCAUGGUGGGAGAAAUGGGGAGAGCAAUAUGAUGGAAGAGGAUCUGUCCUUAAAUGGACGGACAAGUGGGCAGAAACUGAACUGGGAACGAAAUGGGGAGAUAAAUGGGAGGAGAAAUUUUUUGGCGGCAUUGGUUCACGACAAGGGGAGACUUGGCAUGCAUCACCCAGCAGUGAAAGGUGGUCAAGGACAUGGGGAGAGGAGCACUUUGGAAAUGGCAAAGUGCACAAAUUUGGCAAGAGCACAACAGGCGAAAGCUGGGACAUGGUUGUAGAUGAAGCAACAUAUUAUGAGGAUGAACCUCACUAUGGGUGGGCAGAUGUGGUAGGUGAUUCAAGCCAGUUGUUCUCUAUACAACCUCGAGAACAACCUCGUGGUGUGUAUCCAAAUAUUGAUUUUGGGUCGUCUGUGCCUCCAGACGAUGAGUCCCCUCCAACUAGGUGACUUCUUUCCAUCUGCUUAAGUUUUGGUGGACAGAGUUAUUCGGUCCCUGUACUGGUGCAAGACAGCGGGUAGUAGUGGUAUAGCCGGGAUUCGCGAAGUUAAACUGGACAACACUUUAUCAAAAAACGAUGAGUCACCUCCAACUUUAUCACAAUGACAAGGCAUCGUCUCAUUGGCCAAGCUUGAUUCUUAAAAUAGCUAGUUUACAAUUUUGUCAGAAAUUUAUUGUAAUUUUUUGCUACUGUCCAUUUAUUUCAUUCUUUCAACAUUGUGGUUUUUGCUUUUCUUUUGCAUGUUUGACAUGUUGUUUAGGCCCUUUUGAUUUUGUCCAAAGAGGGAAUUCACCUAUUUCAUAGAAGAAUGUCUUGGUCGAAAGAGCCUGUUUGGUUUAGA